AUGGGGAAACUGAGGCAAGACCAAAGCACAUUGGUUUAUACAGUCUGUGGGACAGAUCCAAGGGAGAAACUGGGGGUCAGUGAAUAAGCAGGGACCCAGGGUAUGCUGAAUGCCGGGUUACAAACAAGACUCAUCCCCCUCCUCAUCUUUCGGGGCCGGGAAGUGGCCUGGCUCCUUGACUGGCAGCAGGGCGGUCCUGCCUGGGACGCCAGCGAGGGCUCCCCGUCCUGGAACCUGCUCCACAGCGGCUUGCCCAACCUGCCCGCCCCCGCCCGCGCCGGGAGAAGAAUCACCAGCGUCAGCGUUGCCUCCGCGCGGAAGGCGCUCAGCCUCGCCGACUCGCACGACCUCCCCCGGCUCCACAAGUCCAGGUCUCCGGGCGCCCGAUGGGGGCGCGGGUGGAGGAGCGGCACCGCCCCCCGGGUAUUUAACCCCAGGCUGGAGCCCGCGGGGCGCCGGACGCUCCUGCUCCUCCCCACUCGCGCCUCCCCGCCCUCGUCCCCGCGCUCUCCCGGCGCGCCCCACCCUCCGCCCCGCGCUCGCCUGGCAAGCAGGCACCGGCCGGCGGGCUCGGGGAGCGGGGAACGGGGUGCGGGCGGCGCUAGCCUCUGCCGAGCGGCCCCCUGGCCGCGGCCGCCGCGCAUUGCCCGGCCAGAGUGCGACGCGGCAGCCCGAGCCCGGACGCCGGCCGGUCCCGUGCGCUCCGCGGACGGGCGGGCGGCUGUGGACGCCCGGCGCAGCAUGGAUUCGGAUUCCGGCGAGCAGAGCGAGGGCGAGCCCGGGACCGCCGCAGGUCCUGAUGUUUUUAGUUCAAAGAACCUUGCCCUUCAAGCCCAGAAGAAGAUUUUGAGCAAAAUAGCCAGUAAAACUGUGGCCAACAUGCUGAUUGAUGACACCAGCAGCGAGAUCUUUGAUGAGCUCUACAAAGUCACCAAAGAGCACACACACAACAAGAAGGAAGCCCACAAGAUCAUGAAAGACUUAAUCAAGGUGGCGAUCAAAAUUGGGAUCCUCUACCGGAACAACCAGUUCAGCCAGGAGGAAGCUGUUAUUGUGGAGAAGCUCAGGAAGAAACUGAACCAGACCGCCAUGACAAUCGUCAGCUUCUAUGAGGUAGAAUACACCUUCGAUAGAAAUGUGCUCUCCAAGCUCCUACAUGAGUGCAAGGACCUGGUGCAUGAACUGGUACAGCGACACCUGACACCCAGGACCCACGGGCGCAUCAACCAUGUCUUCAACCACUUUGCCGAUAUGGAGUUCCUCUCCACCCUUUAUAGCCUGGAUGGAGACUGUAGGCCCAACCUCAAGAGGAUUUGUGAGGGAAUCAAUAAAUUGCUAGAUGAGAAAGUCCUCUGAAUGCCUUCCCUCCUCCUGGACUUGGCUGCAUUCAUGUUACAGCACCCAGCGUGUUCCAGGUGAGAAUUAGGAAAACAAGAAGAAACCCUUGUCAAAGAUGCCCAUGUUCUGUCCUGUUCAUCCCUCUGAUGUUGAUGCUAGAUUGAGCUCAGGUGUGUUUAUCACCUAAGCUCUCUGCUGAGGUCUGUACUUCAAUCUCCUUUGUUUGCAAGCCCAAAGGACAUCUCAUCUAUUCUAAGCAGAAAAGCUGCUCUGCUCAUCUAGGUGGGCCCAGUUCAUCUUGUGGAGUGGAAGGAGCCCUGGACCAGGGGUCAGAGGACAUGGGUUUGGUUCCCAGCUCCAUCAGUUACAAUUUUGUCCUCUGGAUCCUGGAACCAUCAUGCCCACCUGCCUACCUCCCAGGGCUGCUGUGAGGAUCAAAUGAGAUUAUGUUCAUGCUUUUAAAAACUCUAAUAAAAGGUCUUACUAGUUUCUCUUUGGCAUGUGGCAGGGAUCAACCUGGAUCUAGACUAUUAAGCAGCAGAGAAAAGAACAAUAGUUUCUAAUGGGCUGGGUUUGCAAUUUGUCUCUAGAUGUGCUGUUUCAAACAAAAUAAAAAUGAAUCCAAAGGUGUGAAAAAGUAUAGCUGCAAAUUGGAAAAAUGUUUUUCAAGAGCUGUGUUUUUUAGGUCUUAGAUGUGCAGGUUUAUGGUCCUGCAGAGGGAAACCUUCUGGGGGCAGAGGGGGAGAGUGGAGAGAGAGUUUCCCACCCAUCAUGCAGAAGCAGAGAAGAACUGUGCUCCCCCUGCCCCUGCAGGACUGGCCUCUCCCCAUCUGAGGGGCACCAUCCGGGAGGCACGGGGAAGGUUUAUGCUGGCAUGCGCAGGAGAGCUGGGCAGAAUGAAGCCCUAUCCGUCUUUCUUGGUCUUUCACAGUCAUUCUGUGCUGUUU